AUGCUGUUAUUGGAACUCAUGUGUCAUGCACUGGUGCGAAGGCGCAGUAAAAUAGCAGCCAAGCAGCGCUUGAGUGUUUGGUACAGGAGCACAGGCCGAGUGGCUGCCUCAGCUGACAUGUCGAUACGUAUUGUACUGUACUCAUAAUUAUACUUAUGAAUUUUCGAGACUUCACGGACGAUCAAACAUAUUUGCUCCCUGAGUAAUGAGUGCCAUUGACAACUGCUCAUGACAGAUUGUGUGAAAACUCCAGUGAGAUAAAACAUCAACUUGACAAAAUGGAUGGUUCCCUCUGGGAAAUGGAGGCUGCACCUCUGGCAGCCUUCUUGCUCAGUGUCCUAAUGCUUUUGAGCCUCCCAGCUAUCAAGACAAAAGCCUCAGAGAUGCCUGACAGCUUCUCUAAACAAGACCUGCUCUUCAACUUAGUAUACAAGUGUGUUCAUGUGGCAGGACAGAGAACAAUGUGUGAAGUAGCUAAGGCUAUGUAUGCUAGAAAACUGAAGUCAACAAAAGGAACAAUACCUGUAGGAGAUCACUGCAAACAGACAGGCAUUACAAUUCCUAAAUCUGUAAAUGAGUCCCUUCUGGGUUGUGACAUCAUGAUAAAAGAAUUUGACAUCUCUUUUGCAUAUUUUUUGAUGAAAACUGUGUGUAGUUCUCUCUACAAAAAAUUGGAUUGUCAGUUACAAGUUGAUACACUGCGACUAUUACGAAACAAAAUUAACCACAAGUAUGGAAAAUUUGAGGAAAGUCUGGAGAGUUUUGCUGCAGAACUCAAAGCUACCAUUCGAAAGAUUUACGAAGGUGUUGGCACGGUUGUGCAAGACAGUUUUGAAGACAAUAUUACCAGUGUGGAGAAAAUUCUUGAUGAGAUCUUUAGUGCAAAGUUCCAAGUAGGUGCCACAGCAACUACAGAUGACAAAACAGUAUUUGAGAAUGAUAAGAGGUUUAUAAUGAUAAAUGGUGGUAAAGCUGAGCUACAAGGUUAUUAUAGUAACUUGAAAAUUCUCAAUCCUUUCAUAAUUUUGAUGGAGGAAGAUACUCACUUUAAAGAAUUUAAAAUAGACAAGAUUUUUACCCCAUUGGAAAUUGUGGACAGUAAGGGUGAAAUCAAUAUGAAACAUCUUCUUACAGAGACAAAGACAGUGAAAGGGGAAAAAAAGGUUCCAGCAGCACUAUUCCUUUGUGGUCAAGCUGGGUCUGGUAAAACCUCACUGUGUCAGUACCUCCUCCAUCAGUGGCAGGAGGGAGGCAGUGAAGUUGACAAUCUUUGUAGCUUUGACCUCAUUAUUCAUGUGGAAGCCCGAAAAUUUUGCUCAAAAAGUGUCUUACAUUAUUUGUGUGAAUACUUAAUGCCUGAAACAUGUAAGAAGUUAAAAAAGGAAGAUAUUAUUCCGUUGCUUCAAGAACUGGAUAUUUUGUUCAUAAUUGAUGGUUGUGAAGAAAAAAACAUCUCAGAUCUAUUGACAGAAAUUUUUAGAGACUUUGGUGACAAGCGCAUGAUCAUCACAACUCGAUCUGUGCAUAUGUGUGGUUCCACAAAGCUAGCAAGAAAUGCUGAUAUUGAUUAUCUUUCAAUUAAAGUUUGUGGGUUUGAUGAUAUUAGACUUAAGGAAUUUUCUAAGAAUGUAUUUAAAUUGUAUAAAGAGGAGAAUAAAUACAAAAAUUUCUCAGAGUACAUUGAUGGACCAGGAAGAGUGUUAGACACACACCUGAGGCUUCCACUUACCACUGCUCUCUUAAUCAUCCUUUGGUUAAACAAUUCAGAAAUUGUGAAUACAGUUACCACAGCGACACGUCUUUAUGAAGAACUUUUUACACUUUGUCAGGAGAGGUUAGCUCAGCGCCUCUGUGUCAGAUACAGGAGACCUUACAAUGAUAUGUUUGCAGUUCUAAAAAAGUUGAUGCUUACUUUAGGAGAGCAUGCUUGAAAUAUGCUUGAGAAAGAAUUAUAUAUUCUGGAAGAUAAUAUUCUUAAUGACAUAUCUGAAGUAUGUGCACAAAAGAAAGUAGAUCCAAAAGAUUUUCUUUCAGCUUUUCUUAUGUCUGAGGAUAACAACUUCAAGAAAUCUGACAAGGGAAAUCAAGUAUUAAUGUCUAAGGAUAAGAAGUCUGAAAGAGGAAAGCCCAUAUAUGAAUUCUUACACAAAACCCAGAUGGAAUAUCUUGCUGCAGCAUUUUUGACCAACUCUCUUAACAACAAAAAUCAAAAGGAGAACAGGAGUUUAAGAGACAUAGCAAACUUACACAAAUGUUGGAAAAAUUAUCAGGAAGUUAUAAAGUAUUUAACAGGUCACAUGGCCAGUCAGGAAAUUCUACAGAGAAAUGAAAGAGAGUUAAUUGACCUAAUUGACAAGGCUGAGGUUAAGAACACGGAUUUUAACUUCUGGUGGAACAUCGUUGCUGAGAGUCAUCCGAUAAUAAGACGCCAGGAUAAAACAAGCUAUGAUACUGUGAACCAUCCUGAGGUUAAGAGAAUCAUUACCAAGGAAAAGUUACAAAAGGAAAAUUGGAUCCUUGAUGACACAAAUGUUGUAUCAGGCCUGAAACUGCUGAAAUGCACACGAGUUUUCUUAAGAAGUCUUCAAAUUAAAAUUAGCAGGAACCCUCACAAAAUACCAUUCUUCCUUGAGGAAAUGCAAGGUGUUGGUGAACAUAGGAAGUAUCGUGUGAAGCUCUAUCUCUUUUCCCGUGACCAAACCUCUGACAUAUUCUUGGACUCGGUGAUGUCUUGGUCUAUUCUGGAGCACUUUGAAGGCAGCCUACAAGAGCAACAUAAUUUUUCAGGCUGUAAUGAGCUUAAGAAUAUUUGUGUCACUGUUACAACUUUAGAGGCUCUUCAAUCCCUGUGUGACAUGCCCAAAUGUGUAAGAACUCUCCGUGUGACCCUCAAGUUGCCUCCAGAAUGCAAUCCAGCUGAUGUGCCUUAUCUAAACUACAGUGGAAACCUGGAAGUCAACCUGGUUGACUUAACUAAUGAGAGGAUGCCCUGGGUUUUGGAAGUUCUAAAGAAAAUGGUUGACAGUGAUGGGUGCUGGCGCUUGAGUCUACAGUUCUAUGAGGUUACAUUUAAGGAUAUCAGGUUGCUGGUGAAGAAACUUAAAUACAUUGUCGCUGACAAACUGUCCAUUAAAUGUAGAGAUAUGCCAGAUAUGGAAGACCAGGAAGCACUGCAGAGCAACACACGUUUCAGAAUUAAUUGGAUUUCAUAAUAUGAAUCUUCAAGCUUCAGGAGCUCUCAUAUGCUGGCCAGCAGUGUUUACUGCAACCUCCUCAGCUUUGGCUGUGACAUGCAACAUGGUACAGUAUAUUUGUUGUGAUUACAACUCCUAUACAGGGGGUCCCCGUCUUACGAACAUCCGCCAAUACAAACGGUGUUAAAUUUGAAA